GGAGCUGCUGCCCGAGCUGUGCAGUCAAACAGAAGUAAUGCAGCUUCUGACCAAUCAGAUCUGAGCCUUCAGCUGCUGUUGUGUUUAGCUGUAUACUAUGCUAGCUAACAUUAACUCGAGCCUCAUCUCAGAGGUGCACACUGAAGUCUCUCUGACAUUAGAAAUAACAAUAACACAAGAUCUGAGGGAUUUCUGUACAAAUCCGACGUAGUGGUUUUGUCACAUUGUGAUUCUCAUGGAUCAGAUUUAGCUGUGUCUGAUCUCAAACACACACUCCAAAAAUUAACACACUCCACUUUCACUCAGAGAAGAUAAAAUGUAUUCACACCACACCAUACCACACCACCCACCUUUGCCUGUUCCAUUUCUUUGUUAAGUUUCAUUUCCUCUGUGUGGCUGUGUGUUUUCCAGCCGUUUACUGUAAAUCACACAAACCCACCAGACGACUAACAGACGAGAGGAGGUAAAAACACAGAGGGAAAAAUCCAGCCAAUUAUUGUGAAUGUGGGUGGAAGAGUAUAAAGAGCAGAGACAUUCAAUUAUAUUCACACACAUAACUACAACCCUGCGGCACUGAACACACACACACACACACUUCACUCUAUUAUGUUAUUAUGUUACUGAAACACAGAGUCAGUAGAAGAGAGAGAACCGAGGAGAACAUAAAGAUUCUGUUCUUCUGCAAAGGCUGUGAGGAACCGUAUGUACAGAUCAUCACAGUGAGGGGGGCUACGUGUUCCCAGAGUGUGUGCAGCUCUCAGUGCGUGUCAACAUCUGAGAACAAGGACACUGAGGACACACUUCCUGUGCUGACACAGGACAGUCACAUCCUCAGGGAACAUCACCUAGAAAAGAUAGCUCCACAUCUCCCAGCUCGUCUUCAGUGUUCUCCCUGGCAGCUGGUUUAUAGCACAGAAAUUCACGGCACAAGUCUGAAAACACUGUACAGGAAAACAGCUGAAAUCCAACAACCUGUACUGCUGCUGAUACAGGACACACACAACCAGGUAUUCGGGGCGUUCUCCUCAGACUCAUUCAGAGUGAGUGAUUGCUGUUAUGGAACUGGAGAAACUUUCCUCUUUACAUUCAGCCCUGAGUUUAAGAUGUUCCGGUGGAGUGGAGAGAACUCAUACUUUGUGAGAGGAUUCCUCGACUCUCUGCAGCUCGGAGCAGGAGGAGGCCCAUUUGGGUUGUGGUUGGACUCAGAUCUUCUCCGGGGUUCGACCUUCUCCUGUAACACGUUCUGUAACACUCCUCUGUCUCCUCAUCAUGACUUCAGAGUGCAGGCCCUUGAGGUGUGGAGCUUCCAGUGAACAUGAGAACUCACAAGAGAACCCCAUCCUGAAUGUGUCCAUAUCAAUCACACACAAUUUACAGUGCAAUUAAGAAAACACACAAUUUACACACACAUGCACACACACCCUCUUUACUUAGUGUGUGUGUGUAGGAAAAAAAUGUAAUACUGUUAAAUAGUAUAAAUGUGUACAGUUUUAUAUUUCCAUUUUUAUCUGUUUGUUAAAUUAUAGUUUUGUACUGCAGUGUUUUUAUCUGUCAGUGCAGGCACUGAUUCUGUUACUGCAAUAAAAGCUGUUUUUCCUGGUGAA